AUGUUGAUGCGACGGGUCCCCGGUCGGCUUGCGCCGCUCCUGUCGCGGUACGGCCUGAUCCUUACGGCGGCUCUGCUGCUAUACUGCAUCUUCCAACCAGCAUUCUCAGCCUCUGACAACCUGCGGGCCAAGGGACCCGGCGACGACCAGAGCAAUGUACCAAAAGGGGUCCCGGAGGCCCCCGACCUCCAGGCCGCCGGUGUCCCAGGACAGGUUCCAAUGGAGGAGGCGCCGCGGCGAGAGAAGGUCUACAAGCCAGCUCCGGAAACCUAUGCGCCCAUUGAGGACCCUUUCCCCUGGCUGACAGCCAACAACAAACUGCCACCAAUCUUGCCAAACAAUUUGCCUCCCGUGCCACACGUGCCGGAGCACACACCCCUACUCAUUGGGUUCACCCGCAACUGGCCUAUGCUGCUACAAUGCGUAGCCAGCUAUAUCGCGGCUGGAUGGCCAGCAGACGACAUAUACGUGGUCGAGAACACGGGCACGUUCAGAUCCAACAAGGACGGGAAGCUGGGACUGCAAAACCCCUUCUUUCUCAACCACUCCCAGCUGAAAACGUUGGGCGUGCACGUCUUGACGACGCCCACAUUACUGAGCUUUGCGCAGCUGCAAAACUACUAUCUGCAUACAGCGGUGCAGAGGGGCUGGGAGACGUUCUUCUGGAGCCACCAGGACGUGCUGGUGUUCUCGGACGAGGAGGUCAAGAAGAAGGACCGAGACCACGACUACCAGGAGGACCCGUAUGCGACCCUCUACGAGAGGGCCGUCGGGCUGAUGCGGUAUCUGAAUGAGCCGGACAUGCCCGAGUGGGCGACGCACUUCUUCGCGUACGACCACCUUACCCUAGUAAACCGGGACGCGUACCUGGAAGUCGGCGCCUGGGAUACGCACAUUCCCUUCUACGCAACCGACUGCGACAUCUACCUGCGGCUGCACUGGGCCGGGUACUGGCAGCCGCAGAGCGAGGCGGGCCUGAUCUUUGACGUCAGCGCGCCGCUGGACGACGUGGGCGCGCUGUUCCGGCUGCCGGGGUCGCACGCGACGUUCCAGGGCGACCCGGUGUUCGCGGACCCGGGGCGGCCGGGCCGCGAGGUCGAGCAGGACCAGGAGCGCGAGAUCCACGCGUGGGCGGACAAGGAGGGCGAGACGUACCAGCACCUGAUCGCGGUGGCGGAGCGCAUGUUCGAGGCCAAGUGGGUCGACGAGGGCAUCUACCGCAACACGUGGCAGACCAAGCAGAGCGGCGGCGCGGGCGAGCCCUUCUACCGCGACCCCGCGGGCUUCGAGGCCGGCAUCAAGACCAUGAUCGACGCCGGCCGCCGCGUCUUCGCCGACAAGUGGGGCCACCGCGGCUGCAACCUCAUCGAGAUGGGCAUCGGCGUCGACGACGCCUGGCGGCUGGAGCGCGACUGGGACGUCAGCGAGGGCGAGGGCCACCUCGGUGGCGAUUGGGGCAAGGACUGGACCGGGAUCGAUUAG